UUUAUUCUCAAUUUGCCGGUGGGAAAUGCUCCACUUCAUUUACCGCACAAUAACAGCGGCUGCCGAGUUGUUUUGUUAUAUUUUUGUGUUUAUUUGACGUGUUUCUUCUGACUUGGGGUUUUGGAUUAAUUUCUAAGGUUUGGAUUCGAUUGAUUAUAGGAACCGGUGAGGGGUUCGUGAGUCCUGGAUGUGAGCACAAACUAGAACUAUCACUCAAUGUGGCCAUACUGUUUUGUUUUAGGAGGUAGUAAAUAGCUUGUGAAAUUGGUGCACUGGAUUCAGUACAAUGGUUGAAGCCGACAGCGAGAUUAUAAAACCCGAGAUGCUGAAGGCUUAUGUGUGGCUUCAAACGUCUGAUGGCUCUAUACAGCAAGUUGAACAAGAGGUUGCGAUGUAUUGUCCAUAUAUAUGUCAGGAAAUACAUUCAGGCCUCGGGUCUUCAAAGAAUUAUCCCAUUUCUCUUCCUUCUCGGGUUAAUCCAGCUAUGCUUAGUCUGAUUCUUGAUUAUUGCCGAUUUCAUCAAGUGCCAGGCCGGUCAAACAAGGAAAGAAAAUCCUUCGAUGAGAAGUUUGUUCGAAUGGAUACCAAAAGGCUUUGUGAGCUGACAUCUGCUGCUGAUAGCCUUCAGCUGAAGCCACUUGUUGAUCUCACUAGCCGUGCCCUUGCUAGGGUGAUUGAAGGGAAAACCCCUGAAGAGAUACGGGAGAUAUUUCAUCUGCCUGAUGAUCUCACUGAGGAAGAAAAGUUGGAGCCUAUAAAAAAUACCAUGGAUGAUCCAAGAAUUCGGUUGUUAAACAGAUUAUAUGCUAGGAAAAGGAAAGAGUUAAAGGAACGGGAGAGACAAAAGAGUGUUGAGAUUGCAGAGGAUCACUCAGAUGAGCGAUCAGUUGAUGACCUCUUAUCAUUUAUCAAUGGAGGCAAUGGAGAUUCUAAGGGGACUAGAGCUUCCAAAAAUAAAAAGAAGAACCGUAAGAGAAAAGAAAAUCAGAAGAAUGCUCCUUCAGAUUGCACUAGCCCAUCGAACAGCACAUCAUGUUCAAGAAACACUGCAGAUAAGGACAAGAAAGAACUAGACAAGUGUCAUUCUGAGUGUGGGAAUCAUUCUUUACUCAACAAGCUUCAUCCCAACAUGUCCAACUCGACAAAGUUGCUUGACAUUGAAGAUAGUGGAUUAGCUGUGGUAGAUGACUUUGAUGAUUGUGAUUUAGAUGAUGAUAUUGAUCCUGCAUUGAAAGAAAAAAUUGAUAGGGAAGUGGAAGACUUCGCCAGAAGGUUAAAUUCCGACUGGCCAGAGAGGAUGCAAGAGAUUCUUUCCCUAGGUCAAGAGCGCAGGCCAUUACAGUUGUCAAUUAAUGGAAAUGGCUCAUUGAGGCGAUUCACAAGUUUAGAUCAUCACAAAAAAUGAUGCUCCGUGUCUGCCUAUCAACUUCCAAUUACAGACCCCAAACAAGGAAAAAGAAGAAGAAAGAAAAUCUCUCGCAGCCCGGAGUUGGAAACAACAUCAUUAUGGAUCGACAACCGGCUAUUUUUUGGAAUCAUUUAAGAGAUUCAAUUUUGAUGUUUGAGUUUGAUCCUUAAGGUACUUCUGUAGAAACAAUAAGGGAAAGAAUGCGCAUAAAUCGGCCUAUUUUUCCAGCCUCCCUUUUCUCCAAAUUUACCUUUUUUUAAAAAAAUUCUUGUUUCAUUGUCUUCGCUCCCCCGGAAACAGAGAAACAGACUAGGCCACGAGGCUUACAAUGUCAUAGACUGUUGUUCCUUUUCUUGUGGGUCUUGUAAUAGAAAUUUCUGUCAACAAGGUGGUUUAGAAGAAAUCUUAGUUGCUGGAAAAGCAAGCCUGCAGCCAAGUGAGUCUGAAGUUUCUGUAAAUAUCAGGAAACUUUUUCCUUGUUCUUUAAUUUAAUGAUUUGAUGGAGAGAUUUACUGCUUUUGUUCAUUGAAACUCCCAUAUUUGUCGAGUUUAA